AAAAAUCGCUGAAGAAUAUUGCAAUUUGCACACGUAUAAAGUAAAAUAUUUAAGUAGAAUUUGAAUCAAACUGAUGGCGACUAAUAAUCGUACUAAUCAAUAUCUGAUACUAAUCUGUCAUUGGAUAGGAAAGGCGUGGGAGUAUAUCAUAUCACAUUCUAGCCUACAGAUACGGUGGGCACCAUCUCGUAUUGAGGCCUCAGUCGUGCCGAAUCGAUUUCCACUAUGCCAGCCUACAGAUGGGUCAGUCGUGUCGGCUCUCAAUCGCUGCCAGAAAACGCGGUCAGCGGCGGCCGCGACAGUGACGGAAGUGCAAUUUACGUCGGCAGAGCUUUUCACGAUGGCGACAUGGUGCCGGCGAAAGUGAUUCCCGACAAGGGUGUUGCUUAUAUUAGUCACGGCGGCGAGGAACAUCCCAAAGAUAAUUACGAGGUCUUAUGUCAGGGAGAAUUUGCAUGGGAGUUCUGCAGCAACGGUGAAGUACCAGAGGAUGCGAUAAUCGCCGGUCAAACCGGGGAUGGAGAACCUCUGUACGUUGGCCGUGUCCUCCAUAGUGGAUCUCAAACGAUUGGCAAGAUACAACCGAGUCACGGAUGCCUGUACAUUCCGUUUGACGGCGAGGAGCUGUCGUUCAAAGAUUACGAAGUACUCGUCGUACACUAACUCGAUUGCGGAUGUCCGAAGAUUGAACAUGCAAUACGCAUUUUAUACACGACCUGAGUUAAUUGAGACAAGCAAAACAACCUCCAAACAAGAGCAUUGUAAUCACAAAAAGAAUUGAAUAGAAAAUUAUUGCGAAAAAAAA